UUCUGUGUAACAGGAAGGAUUCAGUUUAAGGAGACAGACCCAGCCCACAAUCUGAGAUAUUAAACCGGGGAGGGGGGAACAAAACACCUUUGAACCACUCUGUGCAAGAUUUCCAUUCCUUUAAACCGUCAGGGCAAUAACUUGAAAACGACAUUAUUUUGUUAGAAGGAAAUGAACAGGAGGAAAUCGGACGCUGUUGGCUUCACGAUUGCAAACAAUGAAUGAUUUGAUAUUAUCUGAGUUUACCGGCAGAUACUGAAGCAGAGCUGAUGUAAUGAGAUGGGAAUAACGGUAUUGUUAGCAGCACCACACAAACCCAAAAGCAAAACAAAGUAACGCAAGGUUUAGGUGAAUGAGACUGCGGUUGGAAAGCCCCUCGGAAAAUACCGCCUAAAGGCGGGUGGGGGAAGGAGCCCGGGCUCUGUAUAAAUCGCUCCUGCGCCUGAUCGCUAACGUAUUUGCAACAAGCAAAGCAAAAGCCACCGUUUCGGGCAGGAACCUACUGUUAACUCAAAGAAAAUCAAACAUCCCUUCCAGAUCACUUUUUCACACACAAUUGGAAAAAAAGGAGGAAGUUUUUAGGACAAAAUGCUGAGACCAAGUAUCCUGGCUUGCUGUGUUUUAUGUCUGUUUCAGGGUUGUCAGCUCGUGUCAGGCAACAUCUGCAACACCAGGUCCCAGUAUUGGAAGUUGGACAAGUGUUGCUCAAAGUGUCCACCUGGCACUUACAUGAGCAGUGAAUGUACAGAGACUAAGGACUCAGAGUGCCAACGUUGUGACUCCGACCGUUAUCAAUCAGAGUGGAAUACACUGGAUCAUUGCCAACUGCACAAAAGCUGUAACCCGAAUGGAGGAUUUGUGGUGGAAAAACCAGGUACCACUACCUCAGACACCAUCUGUCAGUGCCAGUUAGGAAUGUACUGCAUCAAUACGGAUUGUGAGAUUUGUGAAGAAAACAAGGUGUGUGGACCUGGAUAUGGAGUCGUUUACAAAGAAGAUCGGGGACUUUCAAGGCCAGUGUGUGAAAGAUGUGAGCCUGGAUAUUUUUCGAAUGUGUCCUCUAAUAUGGAGCCUUGCAGAAAAUGGAGCGAUUGUGGGUCACUCCAAAUGCUGGAAAAUGGAACUGCAACAAAGGACAUGAAAUGUGGUAUUCUGGAACCUCCAUCAAAAGUGGGAUUAAUCACGGUGAUCGUCUUCCUAAGUGUACUCCUUGCUAUUAUCAUCUUGCUUUCCUUUAUAUGCAUUGGAAGUAAUAAGGAACAUCGGACUAAAAUAAGGGACAUCAUUAACAGGCUGUGCCCUGGCAAUAUGAGGAAGCCAGUCCAGGAACAUGUGAAGACUGAGAAUGGAAGGAUAUUAGCCACAGCAGGAGAUGAGGACAACAGCCCUGAGGAUGGGACUGAGCUGCUCCCUGUGUAAAGUGCUGCUAUAAGGACUGUUCAAACAAGCUCCAAUGUAAGGAGGCAGUGGAUAUUGUGAUGAUGCUGAUGUCUUUGUGUUUCUUGUGGGGUUUCUUCGAGUUCAGCAUCACUCUUGGCAUGGUCAAAGACCAGAAUGGGCAUCCAGCUAUGGACCUACUAAUCCCAGCAUCAAAGAUUUCUGCAUGGAACAACUGACACAGGCAAGGUGCCUCAAAACCCUCUUCAGUGCAGUAUCCUACGACAAUAUAUUAUAAUCUGCUGACUCAGUGACAGAGCAUGGUCAGAGCAGCUUCAGCUGAAGUACCUUUUCUGAUUUGAUAUAAAGAUGAAAUGUUUUCUGAUCCUGAGCUCUUUUGGUCAGAUUGCUGCUUCCUUAUAGCAGCAAGGUUGCAUUCUGUUCCAUCCCUCCCGUUAAUCUCCAAUCGUGGGUCUCUGUCCUGAACUGUCUGAAAGCCAAUCAUUUUUCCUUCACAUCAGUGCCUGUAAAUGCUAAAUUCCCAACACUGUGCUCGGUCUGUGUAAAUUUUCUGGCAAAUUUGUUUGGAAUUAUGGACAGUUUCCGACCCUUAGUUUUCUCUACACUAGAGGCCCCAUACUAAGGCCAUUGUCCCUUGUGUAUAACUCCAAAGAUGCCCUUGUAACUCUCCCUGAUGGUUUUUAUGAAACAAUGUAUAUUUUUAUAAAUGUACAGGUGUGAUUUAAGCUUGAUGACUUUGUAAAAAUGAAUAAAAUGAAUA